GACAGCUUCACUCACUGCGCUCACAUCCAUCACCUAUAUUGAGGACCCGUGUGGCACCCCAUCCGACCUCAGCAACUCCCACGGGCCAUAUUCUAGCGCGACACAGACUAUGACGCGCUCUUCCUUCAGACAGGCUAUUGGGUCACUGGCCCUGCUGCUGCUGCUCCUGGCCGUGGUCGUGUCAGCAGAGGCCGUCAAGCAUGAAGAGCAGCACGCGAGCAGCGGCCCGUCAAUGAGCCUCGAUGAGCUCGAGGCAAAGCUUCAGACCUGCGCUGUCGUCCAGGACCUCAAUGCCCAGAAACUCGCCGCCUCGGCCGACUCGUCAUCCUCGAGCUUCGUGUCCCGCGCCUUCGCCGUCCUCUUCCCCGGCAGCCCGGCCGUCAAUGCGAUCCUCGCCACCUUGUACAUCUCGGGCCCGCCCAAUUUUCUCCUCGCGCUGUGCCCACCCAACAUCGACCCCUCGUCGCUGGGCAUCAUGGUCGCCUUCGCCGUCGGCGGCCUGCUCGGCGACACGCUGUUCCACCUGCUCCCCGAGAUCUUCCUCGGCGAGGACAGCCACGACUCGGUCAAGCUAGUGCUCGUCGAGCCCAACCGCAACUUGUUGCUCGGCGUCGCAAUCAUGGUCGGGUUCAUGACGUUCGUGGCCAUGGACAAGGGCCUGAGGAUCGCCACGGGCGGGGCGGGGGGCCAUGAUCACGGACACUCGCAUGGGCACGCUCACAAUGAUGACUCGGCGAGCGCGACGGCCUCGGGGGUCGAGAGCUCUGACGCGGCGGGCGUCAAGUCCCGCAAGAAGGCCGACGCCGCAAAGAGUGGUGUCGAGACGACAGAGGUCGUCAACGCCGCAGGCGAGAAGGAGAUGAACCCCAGCGUGAAGCUCGGCGGAUAUCUCAACCUGAUCGCCGACUUUACGCACAACAUCACCGACGGCCUCGCCAUGUCCGCCUCGUUCUACGCCUCGCCCACCAUCGGCGCCACGACCACCGUGGCCGUCUUCUUCCACGAGAUCCCGCACGAGGUCGGCGAUUUCGCGCUGCUCGUGCAGUCGGGCUUCUCCAAGCGCGCCGCCAUGGGCGCCCAGUUCGUCACCGCGCUGGGCGCGCUGCUCGGCACGCUCAUCGGCAUCGCCGUGCAGGAGCUCGGCGGCAACAGCAAGACCGCGGCGGCCGGCGCGGCCCCGAUGGGCAUGACCGAGGGCCUGUGGGGCACGAGCCUGACCUGGGGCGACAUGCUGCUGCCCUUCACGGCCGGCACGUUCCUGUACGUCGGCACCGUGUCGGUCAUCCCGGAGCUGCUCGAGACGGGGCCCAACAAGGCCCUCGAGCUGCGCAAGAUGGUGCAGCAGUUUGCCGCGGUCGCUGUCGGCGCGGGCAUCAUGCUGUACAUAUCAUGGGAUUAGAGAACCCCGUGUGUGUGUGUGUGUGUGCUUUUGUGAAGACCGGCCAUGCUACGCUGUAGAUCAAUAGAGCAUGGAUAUGGAUGCCAGGAUAGAGAUAGACUGGCACGGUGCUGGAAAGGAUGUCCCACGCUGUUGUUUUUAUGUGGCGGCUAGGCGAGCUGGGGAGGAGCUGCUCGGGCCAGACAGACGGCGCAUUGUAAGAAUACGUAUAUACUCCAGCAUCACUUAGACGACUGGUAGCGUCCAAAAGGAGACUUUGUACAAGCAAGCAUGUAUAGCACAUCAAUACAUGCAACCGUCAUACACACAUGGACGGCACAACACACGUUUUGCAUCACAUCACCG